AUGCAGAAAGACGCCUUUACAAAGGAGCUGCACGAGAAGGACGAAGUCAUUUCGGAGCUGAAAGAAGCCAGCAGGAGAGACAGAGACAGAGUCUCCGACGCGUACAGGAAGAUGGCUUCCCUCCAGGAGAGAGUCCACCACCUGCAAGAAGCCAUUAGAGCAGAGAAAAAAGCCGUUUCCUCCCACGAGAAAGCUGCAAGAAGCGCAGAGAAACGGGCAAAUGCGCAAAUAAAGCGAGCUCUCAGCGCCCUGAAGGAGCCACAGCGUCUCACUGCACGGAGGCUUCUCUCCCUCGAAUGGCUCGUCCUGGAGAUGGCGAAAAAACUCCGUCUCCCGGGGGAGGAGAUUCUCUCCCUCGCAGAAGUCUGCCCAGAGAAUGACCCUGCCCUAAAGUGUGCGAUAGAAACAGACAAAGAAGAAGACGAAGACAAAGAAGACUUAAUAGCGUAUUUAGAUAAGAAUGGAGUAAGAAGUAUAUUGGGGAUAGACAUGGACCUUUCUCUCCUGUAG